AUGACCUCAACGAAUCAGAUCGGAUCCUCAUCCGCACUCGAGGAGCUCAAUGUACGAUUAUGCGGCAGUGUAAGAAUCCUCCCACCAGAGCAUCAUGCUGUCUACACAAUACCCGUGGCGGUAGUACUGUCGGUCGUGUUGAAGCCUUUGUUGACACGGCUUGAUCUGUACAAGAUCUGCUUUCUAAUCACAGUCGCUGUGAUUUACACGAUACCAUGGGACUCUUAUCUCAUUCGUUCUGGCAUUUGGUCAUAUCCUCCAGAUGUCAUCCUGGGACCAAAGCUGUUUAGCAUUCCUGCAGAGGAGCUGUUCUUCUUCGUGAUACAGACCUACAUCACCACCCUACUGCAAAUUUUACUGAACAAGCCUGUGCUUUUUGCUGUUCAUCUGCAGAAUGAAGCCCUUCCAGCCUCGAGGCAUCUGCUCGUCAAGCGUCGCACUGGACAGACUAUCUUUGCUCUACUCAUCGGUCUAUCGCUACUUCCUCAAUUUCGCAAUGCCGAAGGCACAUAUAUGAAGCUCAUCAUUCUAUGGCUACGCCUCAAGACCUGGCUCGUCAUUUGGCUGCCGACGCUCUAUCUCUGGAUCGUUGACACUCUGGCGUUGAAGCGAGGCACGUGGAGCAUUACCUCCGGGACCAAGCUAGGCAUUCAUGUCUGGCCACACCUUGAGAUUGAAGAAGCAGUCUUUUUCCUGGCUACAAACACGCUCGUCGCCUGGGGUUGUUUCGCUUUCGAUAAUGCUGUGGCAAUCCUCGAUGCAUUUCCCGAUCAAUUUUCAAGCGUCCCCGGAACACCUUCGCCACUCCUGUUGAUCAAGAGCUUACUCUUGCCGACCAGCAGCUACGACCAGAAGCGUUUGCAGGGAAUUCAGAAGGGACUCGAUGUGUUAGCAAAGAAAUCGAGAAGCUUUUAUCUUGCUUCUGGGGUCUUCAAUGGCCGACUGAGGAUCGAUCUUAUCUUGCUGUAUGGAUUCUGUCGUGUUGCCGACGAUCUCAUUGACGACGCACCAAACGCAAAGGAAGCCCAAGACUGGAUCGACCGCUUCACCGCGUAUCUGAAUGCGGCCUAUGCCAAGUCCGAAUCGAGACAGGGGCUACAGACCAGCUUGGAGGGCUUUCCUCCUGAUGCCCGAUCUAUACUGGAGCUUCUCCCAGUAGAUCGACUACCACCGAAGCCACUGUAUGAGCUCCUGGAAGGUUUCAAGAUCGACCUCCGCUUCAGUACGCAAGAUGAAAACCCGAUCAAAACCUCUGCAGAUCUCAAAAGAUAUGCCACAUGCGUAGCAGCCACUAUUGGAGAGCUCUGCCUCAGCUUGGUGUACUAUCAUGACACAGACCACGCCUCUGGUGAUGACAAGAAGGAGAGAUGCAUUGCGGCUGGCGCACGUAUGGGUCGAGCGUUACAAUACACGAACAUUACCCGAGAUGUCACGACAGAUGCGAAAGUCGGCCGAUGCUACAUUCCCGCCGAGUGGCUGCGGAAUGGAUCUUUGAAGACCACGUCGGAGACUGAUAUUGUUCAACUUCGCAAGCGCAUUCUGGACAUGGCUUUCAGCAUCUACUCGGAAGAGCGAGACGCUAUCGAGGACCUGCCGUCGUACGCGAGGGACGGUAUCAGAGUUGCUGUGGAAAGCUACAUGGAAAUCGCCAGAGUCCUUGACCACCGCAUCCAGCAUGGAGAAAAUCUUGAUUUCGCGGGCGGUGGCAAGAAGGGCAAGGCAAGUGUACCAAAGCUGCGGCGGCUGAUCGUUGGAUGGCGUGCAAUGAGUGGUAUUCGAGGCCAUACAGGUGAUAGAUAA